AAAAACGAAACAGUUUUACAACUUCUAUAAAAAAUCAUAUUUAUUGCUAUUCAAUCUUUUUGACUUUUGCGUUUACAUAACUCACGCGAAUAAUAAAAAUUUUUCCAUAUCAUAUCUAUAGCAAUACAUUCAAUUCUCGAGUAUAUUUUACUACUAAAACUAGCUGAAAUAAAGUUUUUGUAUUGACUAAUGUCAGAAUGUAGUAAAUUAAAUAAAAUGCGAUAUAUUGAAGUAGACGAUAUUUACAAAAACAAAUAUCGAAUCUAUGUAAAUGGAGCAUCUCUAGCUUACAAUAUUGAUUCGUUCUAGUGAAUUUGUUAUGAUUAAAACGAGCUAGUUCUACUAAGGAAGUGCAUCCAGACCUGGAAAUCAGAGAAAAAAGGAAUAGUAAAACAAUACUCCUGUGUUAUUACUUUUCUAUACAUUGACAGUUUAUGAAAUUUUCUUUACAUAAAAGUAAUAACUAAUCAAAGAGACAAUAAUAAUAAUAAUAAUAUAGGGGGCAAUAACAAAGAAAUAGGCAGUCGAGAGGAAUGGCGCAAGGAAGUGAUCUAAACUUUAAAGGAAGAAAAACCUCGGAAAAAAUUUCAGAAAAUGUACACAUAUUCGCCAACGAUCCGUCCUUAGCGUUCUUUCGAAUUCAGGAACACAUUCGCAAGGUGCUGCCUGCAAUCCUAGAGAAACGAACCGAAGUUCUUAGUCUACAAAGCAACUUGCAAGGGCAUUGCUUCGACAUGGAAUAUGGUGUGCAAGCACUAAAAUCUAUAGAAAAAUCGGAAAGCACUUUUUGUAAUAUACAAGAAAUCAUGAAGACUUCAAUAUUUUUAAAACAACAGCUAAAGUAUAAAGAAAACCGGAAGAAAACAAAAAAGGACAGCAUAAAGAACUCUGUAUAUAAACGAUUUUCAGCACACCUUGCUUUAGAUCUUCCAGAUUUAUCAGAUUUUAGCGGCGUUAUGCGUGACACAACCCAACGUAUGGAGACAAUAAUAUCAACAGGUCAAGCUCGACCAGACACUUCAACGGCUCAACCUAAUUCAGUUGAGUUUCAAAGGUCUCACACAACUUUACAUUAGUUGCUGAAUUUUUGAGCUGUGCUUAUAAAAUUUAAGUUUAGAAAAUUAAAUAUUGUAUGUUUUGUUACCAUUGUUAUUCUUUAGUGUUGAGAAUUGAAUAACAUUCUAUUUAACCUCGAUUUGUAUAUUAUAAUUUACUAAAUUAUUGUAAUUAUAUGAAAUUGUUAGUUAUCAUAGUUUCCUCUUUUUAUAAAAACUACUGUAUGAAAACUA